AAUGAAUCAGUCCAAGGUUGCAACGAGCUCUAAAAAAAACAUGAGUGCUCUUGCUUGUCAGGCCUCUCCGACUCCCGUCGUCCCCAUCUUCAUCCUCAUUCUCCUCUUCAUUACCCAUCCAGUCCGUUCCCAGAGCUGCGGCCUGUGUAGCGAGGCCUUUGUGAUGACAGCAAAGGGCCGGAACAUCACGCACUGCAAGAAGCUGAGGACGCUUGAUGUCGAGCUCGGGUGGAGUGUGUCUAGCUUCAACAGCCAGUGGACACAGAUAGACGUCGUGUUUGGGACCAGCUUCAGGUCCGAUACCGGGUGGCUCUCUUGGGGCGUCAACCCACUCCCCAGGCCACAGAUGAUAGGGACCAGAGCCAUCAUCAGCAUUCGGCAGCCCAAUGGCACCCUAUCGACCAAAUUGUACAACAUUACCCGUGAGACCAAGAUCAAGAAGUGUCACCUCCAGCCAACAACAGUAGAUGUCGAGGUCAGGGACAUGGCGUCAUCCUACAUCGAGGAGAAGCAGUACUUUGCGCUAUCGGCGGUAGUGAUCGUCCCGAACUCGGCGUACAAAGUCUCGAAGCUCAACCACGUGUGGCAAGUAGGAUACGAGGCGGACGGACUGGAGCCGAAGAUGCACCCAAUGACACUCCAGAAUUUCGACAGCACAGAGACGCUAAAUCUCCGGUCCGGCGAGAGUAAAGAUAGGGGGCUGAAAAACCAUAAACACACCCUUAGAUUGGUGCAUGGUAUCCUGAACAUAAUCGGAUGGGGUACGUUCCUGCCUAUUGGGGUGAUAAUCGCACGUUACUUUCGGGGAUUUAGCAAGAACUGGCAGUACUUUCAUAUCACGUGUCAAAUCAUCGGCUACUCUGUCGGCACUGCAGGAUGGGCGAUCGGCUUGAUCCUCGGAUCUAGUUCCCCAUACUAUACCUUCCAUGUUCACCGGUGGCUGGCCAUAUUCAUAUUCACCUUGGCGACUUUGCAAAUGCUUGCAUUUUUACUGAAGCCGGAAUCAACCGAUAAACAUAACGGCUACCGUAUUUGGAAAACGCACCAUCAUUCCAUCGGCUAUACUUUGCUCAUCCUGAUCAUCGGGAACAUAUUCCGAGGAAUCGCCAUACUCAAGCCAGAUAAUGCUGUCUGGAAUUGGGUCUAUAUCGGGAUUCUCUUGCUCUUAUUUGUCGUCGCGCUAAUACUCGAGAUUUACUCAUGGUAUAUGUACUAUGAGAAGAAGAACAAAACAAACGAAACAUAAUAAUUCAUGGCCAAACGAGGAGAGGUAGUACCGCAGCACAUGGUCAGCCUUCUCAAACCGCUAUUUGAUCCAUCAAAUUUUUGCAGAAUGAAGAGCUAAGAUCAUGGAUGGAAGAGUGAACAUUUUCCGUGUACUGUUAGUCUGCAGACUUCAGCUUUGGGAUUUAAUUUGUAUGUGUUUUCAUGUGAAGUUUUCGAACUAUAUGCGCACCUCCUCCCGAUUGUAAAAUUUAUACUCUCUUAUAUAUGUUGGAGCAGCCAGGCUCACAGAUAUAGUUUAUUAUUUCAUCAUAUGAGCAAUUUUA